AUGGCACCCCGGAAGUCCUUGUUAGGACCGACGCUGAAGGCGUUGACCGUUAAAUACCAAGAGUUACAAGCAGCGCUCAAUGACAUCUUCAAAUUUGCUGAAAAAUUUAAGGCGGAAACAACCGCUUCCCAGACUACAACCCUGAGGAUGACCCUACCUACAAAAAAGGACCGUGAAACGUUGACUGAAGGCUACUACCGAGUAAAAUCCCUUCUACUGGACAAGUUGAAAGAACGACAGGAAGUUCCUUGUGAACCGACCCACAACGACACGAUUGUUGGGGGGACUGAUCACGCCCGUUUGCCUCAGAUCAAGCUUCCUAUGUUCAAGGGGAACAUCGACGAGUGGCUGAGUUUUCGUGACUUGUUCCUCUCACUCAUCCACUGGAAGUCUGACUUACCGGAUGUGGAAAAGUUCCACUACCUAAAGAAUUGUCUUGACGACAAGCCCAAGAGGAUCAUCAGUGGACUUUCAACCACGUCGGUCAACUACAAGCUGGCAUGGGAUCGUUUGCAGAGGUACUACAACAACCACAAGUUCGAGCGUGUUCUGAACACCCUCGAUCAGGUGGUCUCACCCGUUGACUACAAGGAUCUUCUGCUGGUGAAUUUACUCGUUACGCGUCGCGCAUGGGAGGAAGUAUCUACGGCGAAAGAUUUGGUUAGAGAUUCGCUAGGUGAUUUUGCAGAUGAUUCAAGGGAGGAAUCUGCUAACGACACGACGAAGGACACGUUGAAGGACUUGUGCGAUUUCCUAAACCGACGCAUUCGAGUUCUGGAGAGUUUGCCACCGAAAACUGUGAACAGUCGGGCUGUUCAACACCAACAACAACAGUACGUUCCCAAAUCCAAGGCAAAGAAGGUUAGCUACAGUACGGUGAAACAUGCUGGCUACUCGUGCGUGGCUUGUAAGGACAACCACUUACUCUACCAGUGUUCUGCGUUCCAACGGUUGGCGGUGUCGGAGAGGGACGCAUUACUCAAGACUCAUUCCCUCUGUCGCAACUGCUUCAGAACUGGUCACCAAGCCAAAAACUGCACGUCCAAGUACAGUUGCAGGAACUGCAAGGGUCGGCACCAUACUUUGGUAUGCUUCCAACAACAACCGGAAAGGGACAACGCGGUGACGGCACUCGCGGUUGCAGGGAGCAACAACCCUUCCAACUCCAAGGAAACCCAAGGUCCGACAACAUCCCACGUGGCAAACAUGGCAGCCACGAAACCAUCCGUAUCAGGCGCAGCAACCCAAGCUGCAUCCCAAGUGCUGUUGGCUACAGCAGUGCUCAUUGUCGAGGACGAUGAUGGCAAUCGGUACCCUGCUCGCGCACUCCUCGACUCGGGGUCGGAGAGUAACUUCAUAUCAGAGCGACUGGCGCAGCUGAUGAAAGUCACGCGAGAAAAGGUGGACAUUUCCGUGCUAGGAAUCGGUCAAUCUGGCACAAAGGUUAAGCACAAGAUUCACGCAACGGUGCGGUCUCGGUUAUCCAACUUCGAGCGAGACAUGAACUUCUUGGUGCUCUCCAAGGUUACGGUCAAUCUGCCAACAACAACAAUUGCAACAAAUGGAUGGUCGAUUCCGGACGGAAUUGAAUUGGCAGAUCCAGCAUUCUUCCAGUCCAAGAAGGUGGACAUCGUCCUUGGCAUUGAAUGCUUUUUCGAGUUCUUUGAAACCGGUCGGAGAAUUCCCCUGGGAGACAAUCUACCAGCGCUGAACGAGUCGGUGUUCGGCUGGGUGGUAUCCGGUGGUCUCUCGGUUCCAUGCAACUCCACGCAAGUGAAGUGCAACGUGUCAACCUCAGAGAAGAUGGAAACUCUGAUGGCACGGUUCUGGUCGGCUGAAGACGUCGGUUUGGACGACGCAUUCUCUCCCGCUGAAAGACGCUGCGAAGAGAACUUCCAACACACGGUUCAACGGUUAUCCGACGGUCGGUAUUCCGUCUCCAUGCCCAAGGUCGAAGGUGGAAUCUCCAGGUUGGGCGAAUCCAAGGAAAUUGCGUUGCGACGGCUGCACGCAACCGAGCGCAGACUGGCAAGGGACGCCAAUUUGCGGAAACAGUAUACAGAUUUCAUGGAUGAAUAUCUGGAACUGGGUCACAUGUCCAAGGUCGAAGAAACAACUCCAACCCAGGUCAACCGGUGUUUUCUACCGCACCAUCCGGUGGUCAAGGAGGCCAGUACCACCACCAAAUGCAGAGUUGUUUUCGACGCUUCUUGCAAAACAUCUUCUGGAGUCUCGCUGAACGAUGUGUUGCUGGCAGGGCCGGUAAUCCAAGAAGAUUUGCGCUCUAUCAUUCUGCGGAGUCGGAUCAAGCCGGUUAUGCUUGUGUCUGACGUAGAGAAGAUGUUCCGUCAGAUCAUGGUCCACCCAGAGGAACGGCCAUUGCAAUCCAUUCUGUGGCGUUUUUCUCCGGACGAGGAAGUUGGCAUCUACGAGCUGAAAACCGUCACAUACGGCACCAAGCCCGCUCCAUUCCUCGCGACCAGGACGCUAAAACAACUAGCGACGGAUGAUGGACCUCGAUUUCCGCUUGCUGCACGGGCAGUCAACCAAGACACCUACAUGGAUGACGUCAUUACCGGAGCUGAGGACGUCCAAUCAGCAAUCGAACUUCGGAAGCAGCUAGACGAGAUGAUGCUACGAGGCGGUUUCAAGCUUAGGAAAUGGGCAUCAAAUCGACAGGAAGUGCUAACUGGAAUUGCUGAGGAAAACCUAGCGAUUAGCAUGGAGGAAAUCAACCUUGACACGGACCCUGGAGUGAAAACUCUUGGUCUCACAUGGAUGCCGAAAACGGACACGCUAAAGUUCCAGUUCAACGUUCCCGAUUUGGACAAGGUGCCUGAGCUCACCAAACGCUUCAUUUUGUCAACAAUUGCCCUUCUUUUUGAUCCUCUUGGACUGCUAGGACCGGUCAUCGUAACAGCCAAGAUUUUCAUGCAAUCUCUCUGGACGUUGCUGAACCCGAACGGAGAACGUUUGGAUUGGGAUGAGGCGGUACCUGAAAUGGCCUUUGGAAGCGGUGCGUAUUUGAAAAGCGAAGAUCCAAAGGGCAGGAUAUUCGUGAACUUGCUCACAUCCAAAACCAAGGUGGCACCGUUGAAGAGCCAAGCGAUGCCAAGAUUGGAACUUCGCGGUGGCGUUUUGUCUGCUGAACUCUACGUGCAAAUACUGCAAUCGCUGAAGAUCAAAAUUCCAACCUUUUUCUGGGUCGACGCCAUGUGCGUGUUGUACUGGCUACAAUCACCACCAUCAACAUGGGUCACAUUCGUCGCCAACAGGGUGGCCAAGAUUCAAGCUCUCACGGAAGGCUGUGUCUGGGGACACGUGCCUGGAGUUGAAAACCCCGCAGAUUUCCUGUCACGUGGAGUCAUGCCAGCAGAUCUCAUCGACUUGGUAUCAUUCUGGAAGCCAGGCUGGGUGAAAAAGACGAAUGAGCAACGCCAACCACAACCGAAGAUCGUGACGACGGAAGAAGCAGAAGAAGAGCGAAGAAACACUGCGGCAUCGGUAGCUGCAGCAACUACGGCUGAGUUCAACGUUUGGUUCAUCUCUCACUUCUCUUCGUAUCCCGAUCUGGUCAGGCGUACGGCGUAUUGGCUACGCUUGAAGGAUCUACUUCGCAUGCCAAAGGAAAAGCGGUUCAAAUCGGACUUGUUGACGGUUGCGGAGCUGAAAGAAGCAGAGUUCGCAUUAAUAAGGCUCGUUCAGAAGCAAGCUUUCGCUGAUGAAUGGAACAAACUAACCAAGGGGAAACCAGUUGCGAACAGUUCACCACUGCGGUGGUUCAACCCGUACAUUUCCGAUGAACAGCUCAUUCGAGUGGGAGGACGCUUACAGGAUCUCAACACGUUGCUGGUCCAGGUGGAAGGCUGCCUCAACUCUAGGCCGCUAACUCCGAUGUCCGAUGACCCUAAUGACCUGGAACCAUUAACACCGGCACGUUUUCUCGUGCAGUCAUCGCUGCAAACAGUUCCCGAUGUUGAUUUGUCAGCAAUUCCGAUGAACCGGCUCGACAAAUUCCAGACGAUGCAGCGCAUGCUGCAAGAUUUCUGGACUCGAUGGCGGAGGGAGUAUUUGUGCCAGCUACAGGGACGGGUCAAGCGCUGGAAGCCACCAAUACAGAUCGAGGUCGGUAAGCUUGUGGUCAUCAAAGACGAGAACUCACCACCAAUGCGAUGGAAGAUGGGAAGAAUUUUCGAGGUACACCCAGGCGAAGACGGAGUGGUUAGGGUAGUAACGCUGAAAACCGCCGACGGCUAUCUCAAACGACCGGUGGAGAAACUGUGCAUACUGCCACUUCCGGAGUACAGCGACGCCAUGGAAUCAACGGAUGCAGAUCUUCAAACCCAAUCCUAA